ACAGACAAGACAUAUAUACGUACGUCUCUCACACAGACAGAGUUCUGUUUUCAGUCAGGCAGGCAGAGACAGACAGACAUACGUACGUCUCUCACACCCAAUUCACUCCACCCUUUCAUUCUUCCUUAAACCCAUUAUAUAUAUAUAUCAGCCUCUCCUCCUCCCCGUCAAUGCCUGAACCAAAUUCAUUCUCUUUCUUCUUCCAUGGAGCUUCUUCCGGGUCUUCCAGACCAUCUCGCUCUCGAAUGUCUCAUUCGUUUACCUUCCGAUCACUUCACCGUGGCUGCCUCCGUAUCCAAAGCCUGGAAGGCUGAGAUUCAGCUGCCCGACUUCACGCGCCGCCGUAAUGCGGCGGGUUUCGCCCGCUCCGUUCUUGUGCUCGCGCAGGUUCGGGUCGAUCCCGCCGGAAAAAGAACCUACGAUGUCAUGCCCACUCCCACUUCCCGCCUCACCCUUUGGGACCCGGAAACCGGUUCCUGGUCCGAGCUGCCGCCGUUUUCAGGCGGGUUGCCCAUGUUCGGCGUCGGCGUAGUCGGAGUUGGGUCGGAGCUGGUAGUGAUGGGCGGGUGCGAACCGGGGACUUGUCGGAUCUCCAAUUCAGUCUUCGUUUACAGCUUCGUGUCGGGGAAGUGGCGGCGCGGGGCUCCGAUGCCGGGCAGCCCGAGAAUAUUCUUCGGGUGCGCGUCGGAUUCCGCCCGGGUGGUGUAUGUUGCCGGGGGCCACGACGACGAGAAGAACGCGCUGAAAUCGGCGAUGGUGUAUGAUGUGGCGAGGGACGAGUGGGCCCCGCUGCCGGACAUGGCGGAGGAGCGGGACGAGUGCAAGGCGGUUUUCCACCGUGGCAAGUUCCAGGUCAUCAGCGGGUACCCGACGGAAAUGCAGGGCUGGUUCCGGGCCGACUCCGAGGCAUUGGAUGUCUCGACGGGCCGGUGGGACCACGAAGAGGAUUUCCUGGGAGCCGCCACGUGUCCGAGAACCUGCGUGGAAGGCGGCGAUGGACGGGUGUACAUGUGCCACGACGGGAACGUAAUGGCACGUGCGGAGAGAACGUGGGAGGUGGAGGCGGCACUACCAGCGGCGGUGCGCAACGUGACACACGCGACGGCGUGGCGGUCGAGUUUGCUAGUGAUUGGCUGCGAACGGUUUGGCGAGGCGCACAGAGCCUACGUGAUGAAUUUGAAGAAUCGCAGCUGGAAAGAGGUGGCCGCCGGCGAUGAAUACGGCGGCCACGUCCAGGCCGGUUGCUGCCUGGAGAUUUGAAGCAAAGUCCCCCCCCCCUAAUCAAACACCAUGUGCUUAUUCAUAGUGUAAAAAUUUUUGGAUAAAGUUUGUUGGUGAUUUUUGUAUGUUUUUUUUUGUUGGUUGUACUAAAACAACAAUCCAACACAGUACAAAU